AUGGCCUGUCCAUGUUACGUGUAUCUUAAGCUUAAGAUGCCAGGGCCGAAAGGCGUGAUCACUAUCACGGGCAAUUGUAAGUUGGCCGAAGAGUGCCUCCAGAAGGGCUCCCAGAUUGCUGAUGAGCAAAUGGCGAUGGCCGAGCUGGACAAAUACAAGAAGGCGGUAGAUUCAAGCGAGCUGCUGAGGUCCAAGAAGCCGACUAUGGAAUCCGCUUUUCAGUCAGGAGGGGAGACGAAGCCGGUGCACGUCCAUCCGGAAGAUCCAAGUGCUGCUCCGAUGAACAUCUCCACCACGCUUGACAGCAAAUAG